GAGGAACUUAUGGUGUAAGUGUGGGGGGCUCUCCAAGGCAGGCACCCCAAUUACUAAAAGCCAUGAACAUAGUGAGUGUCAGUGGAGUGGCCCAUUUGACGCCAGAAGACUCAGACGUUUAGGUGGGCACAUUUAUUACAAGUGACGUCACGAUCAGAUUAGAGAGGAUCUCGAAUGUUAACGUUAGAGAAAUGGCUACCAUCUUCAUUCCAGAAACCAGAAGCGUCCCGUCCAAGGUUGGGUCCGGCAUGUCACGCUGGUGGACUGAGCCCAAAACCCGCAUGUCCCGCUUCCAGAGAACCUCAAAUUAAAGAAGACACCGGACUCGAGUCACCCGGCCUCCUCCUCCUCCUCCUUUAUUUUAUUAUUUAUUUUUUAUAUUUUAGAAGCCUUCUCAGGUGAUUCCCUGCCACUCGAGCCGCUGGGUUAAAUUACGCGGCGUGCAGUCGCAUGACUCCGCCACUUGCCUGUCAGGUCAGAUUCGUCGGGGCGCCCGCGGUGGCACUUGAUACAAGGAGGGCACCCAGUGUGCAGGUGGCACAGCGGGCAACCCGCGGACGAUACUUGGCGGAUGGAGCCGGGGAGAUGGUCUCCAAAGUCCUCUGGCAUGGCUGUGCCCGCUCUCCAGCAAUAGCCCAGUGCGUCUGGCUUGCCCAUCCGCCUGCAAAGAUGACAAUCCUUUUGGAUUCCCAGAGUGCUUUCUAUUUUGCUAGAUGAUGCAGGUCGCUGUUGUUCCUCCUGCCUUUUAAAAGGACCCCCUUGUUAGAGGAGAAAGAGAGUCGGUGGGGGAUAAACAUGAGUGGGCCAAUGUCAGAGGUGCCCGUGGACGCCUGCUGCACUGAGGAGCUGGAGUGUAAGAUCUGCUACAACCAGUACAACCUCAAGAGUCGGAGACCCAAGGUGCUGGAGUGCUGCCACAGGAUGUGCGCCAAGUGCCUUACCAAGCUGGUGGACCUGGAGGAGCCGCCGCGUCACAUGGUCACCUGCCCCUUCUGCCGCUUUGAGACCUGCCUACUGUCAGGGGACGCGGUGGACGAGCUGCCCGACGACCACAACAUCGUGACGGCCCUGGCCUUCGGCAAGAAGAGCGGCCGCUACCUGCAGGAGAACUCGGCCGAGCUGCUGCUCAGUCCCAAGAGGCUCACCUCCUUUGUCAACCCUUCCCACGACUCGUCGUCCAACUGCCUGGUCAUCACCAUCAUGGAGGUGCAGGGGGACACCGCCCAGGCGGCUGGCACCGGCCCUCCAGUCGUCGAGCUCUACCAGCCGUCCGGCUUUAACCCGAUCGCCGCCAUGUCGCGCCGGUGGGCACUGCGCAGCUUCAUCUCCUCGCUGUGCCAGACGUCUGGCAGGGUGCUGGUCUGGCUGCUCGGCCUCCUCUACUUCAGCUCGCUGCCCCUGGGCGUCUACCUGUUGGUGCUACGUGAGGUCACUUUGGGCAUCGUGUUUGUCAGCCUGGUCCCUUCCAGCCUGCUCAUUUUUAUUAUCUACGGCUUCUGCCAAUGCUUUUGUCACAAGCUCCUAGAUUGCAUCUCUUCCUAAGAAAUUGAUUGUGCCUUUCUUUCAGACUGGAAUGGGGACGCUUGCUGUUGUUUAAAAAGGUCAUUUUAAAAAUAAUGCGAUAAACGAGCUGGACCUGCCGGGGUGUCAUUAGUGCCACAUUGGCCCUCGCCUCACCUUCCUCUGUGACAGCAGUAAGCCACUUCAUGACUUUUAUAGCUCCUUGGACUCGUAUGCAAUUUUGUUAUAUUUCAGGUUCUAAUGUAUGUGCAAAAAAUACUAAAUCUGGCAUCUUAACCAA